GCGCGGAACGCGCGUUGUCUUGUCUAACGCUCAGACUUGUUCGGACACGUCGCGUAGCAUCGCGGACGUUACAUUGUUCUCGUGUGUCGGCGUCGUUAGUCUCGCGUCUGGUUUCAUCUUGCGAACUGAUCGUCCGUAGGAACAGUCGUGCGUCGCGGUGCGUAAGAUUCGCGCGUGCCCGCUGUUGUCCUGGUGCAACUACGUAACAUCGCGUGUGUAACGUUUUGUGCUUGUUGCCCCGAGUUCCUUCGAAGGGAGUUCUCUACAGGCGUGCAACCUUCUCCCGAUCCCAACGACGCGCCGGAGGAGAAAAAGAUAUACAGACAGAAGGAGAAGCUUUGCAUUGACUAUCAGCAUCGAGGAGCAUCCAUUGCGCCGAGAUUCUCCAAAUUUUCGAGAUACUCGGUGCACGUGUACACGAGUCACGACUGAUAUGCCGCUCCUUCUAUAAGAGCGGCAGGAUGUCGACGAGCACCGCCUCCGGCGGCGGAGGCGGCGGCGGAGGCGUCGGCGGAGCCCUCAGCCUGAUGGGUUGCGUGAGGGAGGCCUCACCGCCACCUCAGAAUCAUCAUUCACACCAUCACCAUCAUCAUCAUCAGCAGCAACAGCAUCGCGCCUUCGGCCUUGGCGAAUUCUCGACCCAGCACAGCGUCGACCCUCUGCCCAAAGAACCAAAGAAACGUCGUUUUCAUCCCCUACGUGGGCUCAGGAAGAUCUUUCGGCGAAAGAGCCGCGGCGCCGCUGAUGUGCGUCUCGUUUCCAAUUCCGGCGAUCGAGAUGCGGAAUUGGCGCGUCUCCCGCGGGAGGACAUCACGGUGCGACAUCCCGCAGGUCGCCCCGAAGAGGCUCGCAGUAGGAGCGCCAGCGAGCUCCUCACCGAUUCCUGUGACAGGGAAAGUGGACGGCACGUCCGUUCGUCGAGAAGACGCAGUUUCGCCGCGUCGUUCAAGACGCGCGGAUCGUUCAAACACGUAUUCCUCCGAAGAGGAGGCGGCACAGAAGAUAAUUUCGCGAAGUUACGAGGAGGCGCCGCCAAAUUGUCGGUGUCGCACGACAGCGUUUUCCCGGGAGAAGUUCCUCACACUCGGCCUCUCUCCUCGCUGGCCAGCCUGGCAACGCUCGAGCGACGGCAGGCCCGGAAGAGCAACGAGAUCAUCGAGCACAAGGAGUACAAUCAUCACGUUGCACAAAGGCACCGGAUAUCCCUGCGGGUACUCGAGCAAAUAAAGACGGUCAUAGAGAACCGGAACCAACUGGCCUCGGCGACCUCGCCGGACACAACGCCUAGUAUAGCGUAUGCUGCCGGCGAGCGGUAUCAGCAGGAAACCACCGAGAACCGCUUCAGCGUCUUCGAGAAGCACGAGAGGAGCGUCGACGACGGCCACCAGCAGGGAAAGAUUGCGAGAGCAUCGAAGGACACGGUCGAUCGGACCGUUCCGGUGGCCAAGGAGGAUUUACCACAACUAGAAAGUGCGAGGCUGAAUCAUACCGCAGCGCAUCACCGGAUCUCCGUGCGUCCGAAGAACCGACGACCGCCACGACGCACCACACCGACGACGCCGACGUCGUCUAACGUCGUCGCCUCCAGCUCCCCAUCGAUACCGCCAACCAUCGCCGAGGAUACCCUGGAUAGCUUAGAGCAGCAACAGCAGCAGCAACAACAACAACAACAACAACAACAAUCGACCAGCAAUGUGUCGACACCGACAGAACCCAAGACCAUCAGCGUGACCAGAAAAUCGUCCAGUCGAUUGUCGCGCAACUCCGACAUCUUCGAGGAACUGGAGUCCAGACUGCCCAGAAAGCCGAGCGCGACCUCGUUGUCGCCGGACAGUCUGGACACCACGACAGUUUCAAGGAACAGCGCGGAGGUAGCUGAGGAACAAACGACGUCGCCAACGACGACGACGACAACGACGACGACGGAGGUCGUCGCCAGGUCGGUCGCCAGGAGACCGUCCAACCGGAUAUCCAAAGGCUCUUCGGACGUGUUCGAAGAACUGGAGACGAAACUACCGCGUAGCAGACGGUCAUCGUCGAAUCGUUUGUCCAAAUCACCGGAUAGUCUGGAUUCGGUGCCGUGCUGGUUCUCCAAGUCCACUGAGGGUUUCGACAAGUACGAGGAGGCGGAGUACGAGGAAUCGUCGCCGAGACCGAUAGCGGCGGUCAGGAGGCUGUUGCUCAAUCCGAUUUCCAAGUCCACCGAUCGCGUCUCCAAGUCGUCGGACAGCUUGGAGGCGAUCGAGCCGCUGGUCAGCGACGACUCCAUCGAGCGCAGACGCAGCAGCUUCGAGUUCCGGGGACGCAGAAGUUCGAAGGCGAUGUCCAAGUCGUCGGAGAGCUUCGAGGUGCUCGAACUGCGGGAGCAGAGCGAGGAGGUGGUGGUGAUCGGUCAAGAGCUGCAGAAGCGCAGCAGCGUUUCCGACAUCAAUUUGUCUCGGGGCAGGAGGUUAUCCAAGAGCAUCUCCAAGUCGUCCGAGAGCUUCGAGAGGAUCGACACAAGCGAGACGAAAGACGUCGAGGAGACGGAGAUGACGUUGGACGAUAUGUCGAAGGGCUGUUGCCGACGGUCGAGCAAGAGAAUGUCCUCCGAGAGUUCGGAUAAUUUGGACGUGGAGGACAGACUGGAGAAUAGGAGAGUGCGAAGAACGCCCAAGAGGAUACCGAGCGGCGGUAUAGUGGACGUGGUGAUGACCGGGGACGAUCGUGACAGAGAGAGACGGCCGACUCCUACCAGGAAGCCGCCGCGGCUUCAAAAGUCUUCCGAGAGCUCGGAGCUUGGUAGCACGGAUACUUUGGACUCAGAAAGGAGGAAUAAGUCCUCGGAAAGCACCGAGACGUUGGAUAGUCUGGAGAAGGACCUGGAGCAGGACCGGAAAGACGAGGAGAUCACGGACAGCGUGGUGGACAGACGCGAGAAAAAUGAUUCCUGGUCCGGAAGAAAUAUAGCCGCGACCGACUCUGACCAUACAUCUAUGGGAGACGAUACGGAAGACUCCAAGUCGCUCAUCACCGCUGAUAAAUAUUACUGGCGUCAGUCCUCCGAGCCCAAGGAGAACCUGGGAAUACAUCAGUUGCUGGCCAUCACGAUAGUCACCAGGAUGGCUGACAAUGGUAACAAUCAGCGCAGUUCCGUGAUCUACCCGAAGAAGAAGCAGCAGAUGAGCACGUCGCAGCCGACCUCGCCGGUCGCUAAGCAAGAGGAUACGAAGAUGUUGUUUGACAAUCUCCUGGUCGGCAAGAACGACGAGGACCUGCAGAAUAUGCUCAACGGAAACAUAUCAGAAGUGUCGACUGACACCAAGAGCUUCAAAGAGAAGUUGAUCAUGUUUGAAAAGCUCGGAAAGUGAGCUUACGACGAUAAAACGACGAUAUAGGAGUCGUCCUUGCAACCCCCCUCCACACCCCCCUUUUUCAAUUCACAGGAACGUUUCGAUAUAGCGGUGAAUGCUUAACGCGGGAAAAGGAGACGUCGGAAAUGUAAAGAGAUGGAAUGAUCUCCGUCUAGCGAUUGAUAAUAUAUACAUAUAUAUAUUAUAGUAGAGCAUACACACGAUCCUAGGUGUUUUCGUACAAAGCACACCGAUUAUUCACGAGACGAGCGGAAGCAGAGAGGGGAAUCAAACAAUAGCUCGUUUCACGUAGUGGACCACGUGACCGAGCUGGUUCGAUCGUUUAUCCGUGGAGCUAAAGAUUCGAGAUAAAAAAAAAUAACAAGCGCGAAUUUAACCGUACGGAUAAAAGUAGAAAAUGGGAUAGUACUUUAUAUAGAUGUCGGUUUACAGAUAGUAAGAACUCGGAAAUACCAAACGAGAGCUUGGUACUUAGAUCAUUUCGCGAAUAAUUUUUCUCAUGUACGCGUGUCGAUGUAAUGUCGCGAUAAAUAAGUAGAAAAAACUGGCUUGUAAGAACUGUCUCUAAAUAUUGGAUGCGGUAGUUUAAAUCUAAUAACGGGAAGAUAUGAAAGGGAAUAUUUAAUGUUAGAAAUAUUCUUCGCGGGAUAAAGGGCUGAUUUGACAUGAUAAGUGGCAACCAUAAGGUACGUUUAAAAUCUGAAAAGAUAUUUCGGCGCGAGCAUUAUCAAACAAUUUUAACUUCCCGCUAUUAGAUUUCAAUUAUCGUGUCCCGCAUCUAACGGCAGCUCUUAUUAACCUAUCUUCUUUACUGGGUUAUCUUCAGAAACUUUACAAAAACUUUAAAUAAAUAAAUAUAAAUAUCGCGGCACUUACAUGGUUUAACUCGAGGAAAAUUCGAAAUAACAAUUCCAAUGCGAAACGUGACAGUUCACAUCGAUGAUAUCCGACUUCGUUUCGUUAUCGUUUGGACGUCGUUGAGAAGAGAGAAGACGCCUUUCCUGCUCGUGCGACGGCAUUUCUUUUUCAAUUCUCGCGUUUUUCCCACGCAUCGAAAAUUUAUUUAAUAAUAAUAUAAAAAUAAUUUCCACGUUGUUGUUGAGAUUUUUGUGCGACGAGAUCACGCACGACGCUCGGUCACAGAACGCGCGUGUACAUUCUCGUAGGAUCUUUAGCGUUAUUCAAAGAUAGCUGUACAGUAGUUUAGCGGAUGUGAUCCUUGCUCGUGGCACAUUUACAAAUAUCGUGUAUCAUCUCAAUGUGUAAAUAUGAAAAGAAGAAUAUAUAUAUAAGGAAUCACCGAUGCAGGAGAACAAAAAAAUUAUAUAUAUUAUAUAUAUCACUAGUAGUAAUUUGGUAAAUAUAGAAGAGACACGGGGUAUAGAACUGUAUUGUAUCGACGAUCGAUUUUAGCGUAUCAAUGAGACAGGUACGUACGGAUGGGUGCAUUUUCGAUGCUCACGGGGACCCCGUUUAUAUUUAACUAUUAUAAAAAGUGUGUUACUUUUUCAAAAUUGUCGCCUACCUAUUACCCAGACGCAAAAUACGAUCGAAUUAUGUCAAUAAUUAUGUAUGUAACUAUGUAUGUAUGUGCGUCAUCGAAUUCUGAUCGAAUGCAAAUUACCCUGGCAACAAAGCGGGUCUACGAUUCUUCGUUGAUGACGAGUGAUAUUGAUAUCUGGCCUCAGUAUAUAACCGAAUGGCUUCGAAAGAUCGUGAUUAAGAGAACGAUGUGUAAAAAGGGAAAAUGUGAAACUGACGACGGUCGGUAGAGCGCUACGAUUCUACCCCAAACUGUUUCUCAUUUUUCUCGAUUCUCCGAGACAUAGAGAAAAAAAAAUCGUGCUGAUACUACCGCAGCAUAUCGUACUUGUACUCGUCGAAUUUCGCGAGGGAAGGAAAUUUUUAUAGCCUUUCAAGUGCCUUAUCGAAACCAACAGAACAGACCGAAGCACGACGGCUGUAGAAUACAAACGUUAUUACUUUCAAUCUCCUUCUUUUUAGUUGUCUAUAUAAUAAAUGUAUCGUUUCGGAUUCCGAGAACGUCGCAGAAAGAUCGUCUCUUAGAGAGUAUAAAUAGGAAAAAAAACUGAAUUUAACCACGUCACUGUAAUAUGUAAUGUUAUACAUAAUUAACAAAGGAAAAUUUUACAUACAUACACGCAUAUACCAACCACUCACCCAUUUAUACACACACACACACAGACGUACAUAGCACAGCCACAGGUGGAUACAGAUACACACAUUUACACGCAAACAGAUUUCUUUUUCGUUGAUGUAAAUAAAGCUGCCAUCGCAAUUACA